AUGGAAGACAUCAACAAGACAGAUGCACAUUACUUUAUCCUACUGGCUUUCCAGGACCUCAACCAGUUCCAGCUCUUGUUUUUCCUAAUCCUUUUUCUGAUAUACAUAAUAUGUAUAACUGGAAAUGUUGCUAUUAUUGUUUUGGUUAAGACUGACAUUUCUCUUCAUACCCCUAUGUAUUUUUUUAUUAGUGUGUUUGCAACUUCAGAAAUAUUCUUUGUCUCAACCACUGUUCCCAGUCUUCUCGUCAACCUAAUUAGUGAUUCCAAGAGUAUUCCCUUUACUGGUUGCUUUGUACAAUUGUGCGUUCUCGGUACCUUGGGAGGAACAGAAUGUUAUCUCCUCGCAGUCAUGGCUUUUGAUCGAGACUUGGCCAUUAAUUAUCCUUUGCGCUAUUCAGCUAUUAUGAGACGCUCUUUGUGCAUUCAACUUGGAAUGUUUCCAUGGAUCACCUGCUUAGCCAUUGCAUUAGUUCCAACCAUAUUCACUGCUGGUCUGGAAUUCUGUGGUCCAAGGAUACUUAACCAUUUUAUUUGUGACUUGGGCCCCUUAGUAAACCUGGCUUGCUUUGUGCCUUUCACCAACAAAGCUAUUGCAAUAUUUACUGCAAUAUCUGAGAUUGUUUUGCCUUUUAUUAUAACCCUUUUAUUCUACAUUCAUAUCAUUGCUGCUAUCAUACAGAUAAGGAGUGAAAAUGGCAAAAAGAAAGCGUUCUCCACUUGUUCUUCUCAUCUUAUAGUUUCUUGUUUGUUCUAUAGCUCAGCCAUUAUUGUGUAUGUAACACCUGAGGGCAGCAAUUCCGACAAAUACCUUGCACUUAUUUACACGGUGGUGACUCCUUUGCUGAACCCAUUCAUUUACACUUUUAGAAAUAAAGAUGUGAAGAUAGCAUUUACAAAACUAAAUAAGACAAUUUUACAGCACAUUUUUGUUUAA